AUGGAGACCUUCCUCACUGUGGUGUCCCAACUUCACGCGGCUGUGGUUCCGGUGAAGAGUGACCUGUGGGCGUACCUGAAAGAGCCCGAAGAAGCAUUUUUUGGUGCCAUUGCUGCGCUGCUUCAGGUGUGCGCUGUGUUUGAGAAGAACUCGAAUUUCUUAGGCAGGACUUCCAGUAACCACCUGACGUCCUGUUUCUACAGAGACAUGGGUGAAAAUGGACUCUUCAUUGAAGGCAGCACCUUUGUUUCCAAGAAGAACCUCAAUAAGGCCAUUCCUUACAAGUACGUCAUUGCUCAGAACCAGGGCUCUGAGGAGUAUGAGUUCAUCUACAAGCCGCAGCAAAGAGAGCCUGUUAACCGCUGUUUGUACAUCAAGUCUUCACUUCUGGCCUCUGGCGACUGGCAUCAGUAUGAUGGGAUAGUUUACAUGCAGCCUCCUGGGAUGCGUCAGCAGUCCCUGGGUGGUUUCAAAGAUGAAAUAAAGAAAAGCCAGGAGAAAGGGAAGCAGAUUGCAGUUAGAGUCAUGCUGGACAGCAUCUUCAGCACCCUCCAGGCCUGGGACACCGUCAAUCUGAAGAGCUUUCUCACCCAGUUGCGGCAGUUUCAUGUUGCCGCCCCACAGUGGACACAGAUGUGGAGCUCUUCAGACAAGGGAGAGAGUAAGGUACUGCGUUUCACUUCCGUCAGCAGUACCUCCAUCUGCAGAACAUCCUUGGUAAACCUGUGCCAGCUGUGCAUGAACAGAAGGAUAGACUUCUGGAUCCUCACGCUCCCCGUGCUCCACCACUGUGUGGGGCUGGCCCCGCAAGGGAAGGACAUCCCUCCUGAGGACACGUGGGCAGCCCUUGAGGGCCUCUGCUUCUCUGAGUUCCGGGAGAAAAGAUCAGGCCAGAACCCUUUUCUUCUUAAGCUCAUGGAAAAGCACCAGCGUUUGCUGACAGUGGAUGACCGUCUGUUCCGGUCCUGGUUCAGUCUGCUGCCUCUGUGGGACCUGAGUGACUACAUGAGGAUCACAGCUGAAUACCUGAGCGCGUCCCCUGCUCGCUUCCUGGAGUGCUUCCAGGGGGUUUACUACCGCCUUCAAGGGCUCCAGGAAAUCUCGAAGAGCAAACACGAGUGUUUUGAGAAAAUCUUUAAAAUGCUGUUGGCCUUGCUGCAUGCUAAUUUGAACACGGCUCUGGAGGGUCCCGUCUUUCAGUCCUACUUGACCAUCUGCCUGAAGCUUCACGAAACCGUCUGUGAGAUCACCAAAAGCGAAAAGUUUUACGAGAUCCCCGUCCUGUCUGCAGAGAUGAUUAGCAGAAUCGUUGCGCUUCAACCUCUCGUGCACACGGAGGAAGCCCAGGGCAGUGCACCUGGACAGCAGCCCAUCAGAGCAGUGCUCCAGGGAGCCCUUGCUGCGACCAGGCAUUGGCUUCGGCAGACUUUCACCAAGAAAAUGCUCCAGAAGCCCAACAUCUUAAAGAAGUCAUUCUGUUAUCCAGAGGAAAUUCAGGUCUGGAGACAACUGGUGGAAAUCCACUUUCCUGUGGACUAUGGUUGGAAGGAGGUAUUGCUGGGAGACAUGGAAGGGAGACUCAAACAGGAGAAGCCGCUCCUGCAGAUCUCGGCCUACUGCAGCUAUAACUGGGGUGCCCCGGGCCUGGACGGCAGCGUGGCAAAGAGCUUUGAGAAGUGCGCCGUCGAAGCUGUGAGCUCGGCCUGCCAGUCUCAGACCAGCAUCCUCGACAGAAUUUCUUUGCGUGAUUUACGGAAAUUCGGCAACCUGCUGUCUGCUGUGAUCACGGAGUCCUGGCCAGUGACUGUGGAUGGCAUGGAUGAGGUUUUAAAGCACCUGCUCACAGGGCCGGAUAUCAAGCCAAUCUUCAAAGUAUUAGGAUCCGACGAGAAAACGUUAGCAAACAUGACCGAGGAUGUCAAGAGGCUGAUGGGCACCGCGGACUCUGUGUUCACAAAAGUCGUUGGUGACCUCCUAAGUGGGCAGAUUUUCGUGCGACAACUGGAGCUGCUUGAGAAGCACAAGGCUCAAUUUCUCGACAUCUGGGAAAUAAAGAGUAAAAGUCUUUCACCCCAGGAGAAAGAACACGAUAUGAAGACUGUGCUGAAACACAGAGGGAAUGAACAUCUAUUUCUAAAUAGAGAGAAGAAAUGCGUUGAUAAUCUCUUACAAUUGUGUGAGGCAGUGAAACACCUGAUAAAAGUGGACUUUGGAGAGAUUGCAAGCAAACAUCUUGAAGACCUCAGCAAUAAGAGAUUAAGGGAUGUUGUGGCGGUUAGACCAAUCACCAAAUCAGAAAUGGAGCCGUGGUAUAAUCUCACUACACACUACAACUUGAGCCGCGAGAUACGGGAAAUGGCAAAAAACAUAGACAUUGUGAAGGCCAGCCACAUCUUCAAGAGGUUCUGGGAAGAAGCAGCCAAAUCGCUGAAGGAGCAUAAAGAGAAUUCAGAAAAGCAAAUAUUACACCUUACAGAUAUGCAUAAUGAUUUGUAUCUUCCAUGUUACAAAAGGUUCACUAGAUUGUAUCAGGAUCUUAUGUCAGAAAAUGUGACUUUUGACGAAAUCAAUACCAUCUUCACAGACUUCAUCAAUAAAUACGACGACCUUACUUCAGAAUUCAAGGUCAUGUGCAAUGUGAAUCAGCACAAUCACAGGAAUUGGGUACAGGAGCGUGUUGAGCAGAUCAAGGAGUACCAUUGCCUGUAUCAGGCUGCUGUAGCGGCCAAGGUCAUCUUGAGGGUCAAAGAGAAUCUGGGCCUGACUGGUGACUUCAGUGUCCUCCACACUUUAUUACACUUGACCGAGGCCUUUGACUCCUUCCGCCAUGAAAAUAGAGACAUGAACGGGGUGAAAGUGUUUGUGGACCUGGCUGCCAUCUCAGCAGGUGAGAACGACAAAGAGGUGGACCGUGUGGCCUGCUUCCACGAUGCCAUGCAGGGCUAUGCUUCUGUGCUCUACAAGCUCAGCAAAACAGCAGGCUUUGCUGAGUUCAUGGACCAUCUGAGAGAGCUGUGGAAGGCUCUGGAAAAUGACCCUAACCUGCCCGAGAAACUGCGUGAUUCUGCCAGGAACCUGGAAUGGCUGAAAACAGUGAAGGAAACACACGGGUCCGUGGAGCUCUCGUCCCUGUCCCUGGCAACAGCCAUCAACAGCAGAGGGGUCUAUGUCAUCGAGGCGCCGAAAGAUGGCCCAAAGAUCUCCCCAGACUCCGUCCUACACUUGGACCUUCCUGAGAGUCUUGGUGACCACGGGCAAGCACGACGGUACUCGUUAGAAGAGCUGAGAGAGCUGCAGAACAAGCUGAUGCUGAUGUCUGGCAAGAAGGAGCAGAACAUGGUUGAAGUGGAGGUGUUCGCUGAGGUGUUCUGCAACGUGCAGAGGCUUGUGCAGUCCUUCCUCAGUCUUUACUCUGCUGGGAACAUGCUGUUCAGGACCUGGAGCGCCCAGGUGUACUGCUCUCCUAAGGAGGGCGUCUCCAUCCUCAUGGACUUCCACUUGGAGCUGGUGGGCCAGCUCACGGGGUGCGGGGAGGUGGCCGGGCUGCUGGAAGACCUGUGUAGGCAGAUGGAGCACUUCCUGGACCACUGGAAGACGCUUGUGGCAAAGAAGCGAGCUGAGUAUUUCCACCUCAACUUCUACACAGCCGAGCAGCUGGUCUACCUGAGCACGGAGCUCAAGAAGCCCAGGCCCAGUGAGGCAGCCCUGAUGAUGCUGUCCUUCAUCAAAGGCAACUGCACCUGGCUUGAUGUCCUAGAAGUCUCCAGGAGGACUGAUGAAUCAGCCAGCAGACACCGGGGGAGGACAGUGAAGGCAGAAUUACUACGGAUCCUCUCCUCUGAGCCCAGCCUAGCGGGAAAAUCUCUUUAUGUGAAAACUCUGCAUAGAAAAUUGGAAAUGCAGUUUGAUGGGACAAAAGUGCCUCUCAAGAUCAUCCGACUGAUGGAGCCCCAAGUGGAUGAAGGCCAGGUCCUGGAUGCCCUCCUGCCUUUCUUAGAUGCACAGUGCCAGAAGUGCCCCACCAUUUUCCACAUCGAUGUGACCUCCUCCGUCCAAUCUGGAAUUUGGGAGUUUCUGUUCAAACUCCUAAUUCUACAGUACUUAAUGGAUGUAAAUGGAAAAAUGUGGCUUCGGAACCAGUGCCAUUUAUAUGUCAUUGAAAUCCUGGAAGGCACUCCAGUAUUGCCAAAUAGGUCUUCAAAACAGGGUACCCGUGCCCCACAGUUCAGUUUUCUUGACAUCUUCCCCAAAGUCACAUGCAGGCCCCCGAAAGAGGUGAUGGAGAUGAGGUUGGGCCCUGAAUCCAGCCAGAGAGCACCAGGGAUGGAUCAUAGUGAGUUCUGCAGCGAAACCUUCCAAAGACCAUACCAGUAUAUAAAGCGCUUCCAUCAACACCACAACCUGGACACGUUUCAGUACCAAGAAGGCUUUACUGAAGACACACCAGAAGAAUGCCUCCAGCACUUCUUGUUUUACUGUGGGGUGAUGAACCCUUCCUGGUCAGAGCUUCGAAACUUUGCUCGGUUCCUGAAUUACCAGCUCAAAGACUGCGAGGCGUCGGUCUUCUGUAACCCUGAUCUCACUGGGGACACACUGAGGGGAUUCAAGAAUUUUGUUGUGACCUUCUUGAUCUGCAUGGCGAGGGAUUUUGCCACACCAACCCUGAACACCUCGGACCAAAGCCCUGGUAACCAUACAGUUACCAUGGAUGGAGUCAAGGAAGAAGAUCUAGCGCCUUUCACUCUGCGGAAAAGGUGGGAGUCAGAGCCACAUCCAUAUGUUUUCUUCAAUGGUGACCACGUAUCCAUGACAUUCAUUGGCUUCCAUUUAAAGAUCAAUCAGAAUGGUACCCAUCUUGAUGCUGUCAAUCACUUAAAUGGGGAGGUAAUCAAGAAAGAUGUCAUGAAGAAUAUAUUAUACGUAGGCCUGUUGCAUCAGAAUGUGCCCUUCAAUGUUGACUUUGAUCGACUGCCCAGACAUGAGAAACUGGAAAAGCUAUGCAUGGCAUUAGGGAUCCAAUGGGCCACGGACCCUGAUGACACCUACGAGCUUACCACAGACAACAUGUUGAAGAUCCUUGCCAUCGAGAUGCGGUUCCGGUGUGGGAUCCCCGUUGUCAUCAUGGGAGAAACUGGCUGUGGGAAAACCAGGCUCAUUAAAUUCCUUAGUGACUUGCGGCGUGGGGGUGUUGAUGCUGAAACUCUGAAGCUGGUCAAGGUCCAUGGAGGGACCACUGCAGACAUGAUCUACUCCAAAGUCCGGGAGGCAGAGCACAUCGCUGUCUUCAAUAAGCGUGAAUACCAGCUCGACACCAUCCUGUUCUUGGAUGAAGCCAACACGACCGAAGCCAUCAGCUGUAUCAAAGAGGUUCUGUGUGACCACACAGUGAAUGGCGAGCCCCUGGCCAAGGACUCUGGUUUGCACAUCAUCGCAGCUUGCAACCCUUACCGGAAGCACUCCCAGGAGAUGAUCAGCCGUUUGGAGUCAGCUGGCUUAGGGUACAGAGUUAGGGCCGAGGAGACAACAGAGAAGCUUGGCUCCAUUCCUCUGAGACAGCUGGUUUACCGUGUGCAUGCUCUCCCGCCAAGCAUGAUUCCUCUGGUGUGGGACUUCGGACAACUGAACGGUGUUUCUGAAAAGCUCUAUACUCAGCAAAUUGUCCAGAGACUGGUUGACUCCAUCGAGAUAGACCACAAUGAGACUCGUCUGAUCACAGAAGUGCUUUCUGCCUCUCAAGGCUUCAUGAGAACAAGGGGAAAUGAGUGCAGUUUUGUCAGCCUUAGGGAUGUGGAACGGUGUGUCAAAGUUUUCAAAUGGUUUUAUGACCACAGUGAAAUGCUCUUCUCAGAGCUGGACUCCUUCCUCUGUGCACCAAGUGUCACAAAAACCAAAUCUCAGAGAAAUCCGGUCCUCUGGGCUUUGGUGCAGGCCAUAGGGGUUUGUUACCAUGCCUCUUUGGAAAGGAAAGAAUUAUAUCGCAGAGCCAUUUGCAGGUGUCUUCCAGAACCAUACAAUGACAGCAAGGUUAUCCUGGAAGAAAUGACUCAAAUACAGGAUCUUUUUCUGAAUGGUGUACCUCUGAGGAAAACCAUCGCCAAGAACUUGGCUUUGAAGGAGAAUUUCUUCAUGAUGGUAAUCUGCACUGAGCUGAAGAUUCCUCUCUUCCUGGUGGGAAAGCCUGGCAGCUCCAAAUCCCUUGCAAAGACAAUUGUGGCUGAUGCCAUGCAGGGCCAAGAAUCUUACUCAGUUCUCUUCCGGAACCUGAAGCAAGUCCACCUGGUGUCCUUCCAGUGCAGCCCUCACUCCACUCCCCAGGGAAUCAUAGCUACCUUCAAGCAGUGUGCCCGUUUCCAGCAGGGCAAGGACCUGGAUCAGUACGUCUCUGUGGUGGUGUUAGAUGAGGUUGGACUGGCUGAAGACUCUCCUAAGAUGCCCCUGAAGACCCUGCACCCACUGCUGGAAGAUGGCUGCAUUGAAGAAGAUCCUGCACCCCAUAAGAAGGUUGGCUUCAUAGGCAUUUCCAACUGGGCACUGGAUCCUGCCAAGAUGAACCGGGGCCUUUUUGUGUCACGUGGCAGUCCCAGUGAGAAGGAGCUCAUCGAGAGUGCCAAGGGAAUUUGCCACUCAGACACGCUAAUCCAAGACAGAGUCCAAGAGUACUUUGCCCCCUUUGCGAAAGCCUAUGACACGGUGUGCCAGCGCCAAGACAAGGAGUUCUUUGGGCUCCGUGACUACUACAGUCUCAUCAAAAUGGUCUUUGCCAUGGCCAAGGCUUCCCACGAAAAGCCUUCCUCCCAGGACGUCGCACAGGCCAUCCUUCGGAACUUUAGUGGCAAAGAUGACAUCAAGCCGUUGCCUAUUUUUAUGGCCAAUUUACCCGAGGCAAAGUGCUCUGAAGAAGCCAGCACUCUCCAGCUGAUCCGGCAGAACAUUUACUGGGAUCAUCCAAAGGGAUCAGGAGGAGAGCUGGAAGAUGGUGAUUGUCGUUACUUGCUUGUGCUCACCAAAAAUUAUGUGGCCCUGCAGAUCCUCCAACAGACAUUCUUCAGUAAGGACCAGCAGCAGCCAGAGAUUAUUUUUGGUUCCGGUUUCCCCAAGGACCAGGAGUAUACCCAGAUCUGCAGAAAUAUCAACCGCGUGAAGAUCUGCAUGGAGACUGGCAAGAUGGUAGUCCUGCUGAAUCUGCAGAACCUCUAUGAGAGCCUCUACGAUGCCCUCAACCAGUACUAUGUUUACUUGGGUGGUCAGAAGUACGUGGACCUUGGCCUGGGGACCCAUCGUGUCAAGUGCAGAGUGCACCCAGACUUCCGCUUGAUCGUCAUUGAGGAGAAAGAUGUUGUCUACAGACAGUUCCCCAUUCCUCUCAUCAACCGACUGGAGAAGCACUAUCUGGAUAUCAACACCGUGUUGGAGAAGCAGCAGAGGACCACUGUAGAAGAACUCAAGGGAUGGGUAGAGAAGUUCAUCCAGGUGAAAGCUGAUCCUUUCAUAGUCAGACACAAAUACAGCCCCCCUGAAGUCUUCAUUGGCUACCACUCUGACGCGUGCGCCUCCGUGGUGCUCCAGGUCACAGAAAGGCGAGGUCACGAGGACUUGCCCGGCGACCUCUACCACACAGUGUUGGAGGAAGCCAAAUUGAUCCUGCUGGGUUGUGCCACUCCGGAUGCUGUGGUUCGGCUGAGCACAUGCUCACUGGGGGCGUUUGCAGCCCAAUCUCUCUCCCAGGAAUACUAUUAUAAGCAGCAGCAUAACUCCUUUGCAGAUUUCCUUCAGGCCCAACUGCGCGUGGUAGAUCUGGAGCACCGUGCCAUCUUCACCGAGAUCACUACUUUCUCCAGACUGCUCACCAGUCAUGACUGUGGGGCUUUCGAAUUGGAAUUGGAAGGCAGGGCUCUGAGGCCCACCAUCCUGUCCCUGCAGCAGUUUGACACGGAGUACUCCUUCCUCAAAGAAGUCCGAAACUGUGUAACCAACACAGCCAGAUGUAGAAUCCUCAUCAUUCAGACAGAUUUUGAAGACAGGACUCACAGCGCCCAGCUCAUUGCAUCAGCUAAGUAUUCUGUCAUCAAUGAGAUCAACAAGAUUCAGGAAAAGAAGAGCAGUAUCCUGGUCUAUUUCAUCACAAAGCUGUCCCGGAUGGGGAGUAGAACAUUUUAUGUGGGAUUCCAGGGAGGGCUGUGGCAGUGCCUGCACAUCGACGACCUCCACAGGUCAGCAACCAUGGUUUCCGAAGUGACCGAGCUGCAGCAUGUCUCCAUCAGCCAGCUCUUCGCUCCACAGAACAGGCCUGAGGUGGAGAUGGGACACGGGACAGGGGACCAUGAGGAGGAGGAGGCGAUGGAGACAGAGCUGAAAGGACCUGGGGACACAGCAGAGCUGGGAAUGGACACGGACAGCUCUGCCGAGGUGGAGGGGGCAGCCUCUGGGCCCAGAAGCACUGAGGUCCUGGACACUAGCAGACUCCUGAGCAGCUGCGUGCAGAGUGCUGUGGGGAUGCUCAGAGACCACAACGAGCGCUUUCCACGCAACACGAGGAGAGUAGCGAUCCUUCUCGGCCUCUUGAAUGAAGAAGAUGGAUUCAGAGGUAUGAAGCAGGAGGAGACCAUGUACAAUGAGAAGGAGUGGGUAGUACGGGAAGCCUCCAAUCAGGAUGCCCUCCAGGAGGCGGGCACGUUCAGGCACACCCUUUGGAAGCGUAUCCAGAAGGCAGUGACCCCUCAGCUGGCCAGUAUGAUAUCUAUCAUCGAUAGAGAUGGCAACCUCGAGCUACUGAUUAAUCCAGAUUUUCCAUCCUGGGCAAAGGAUCUUUGGAUGUUUAUUUUCAGUGAUAUUAAGCUUCUCCACAUACCUAACAUGAAAAAUAACAUACGAUCUCAGAGCGAGAUGUCCCACAUUGUGGUGCAGAACAACAUGAAGCUUUCAGACAACAGCGUCCCGUUCAGCUGGAGAAUCAAGGACUACCUGGAGGAGCUGUGGGUCCAGGCUCAAUACAUCACCGAUGCUGAAGGACUGUCAGAGAAGCUAGUGGCGAUCUUCCAGCAAACUCCCCUGGGCCGGUUUCUCGCUCGACUCGGUGGAGAGCAGCAGCAAACACUGCUCCAGUGGUACUUGAAGGACUUCCUGCUCUUGACCAUGCGCGUGAGCACGGAGCAGGAGUUGCAGUUUCUCCAGCUGGCUCUGGGGUCCUGCAUGGGCCAGCUGAGAGCGCUAGCAGCAAGGCCAGAGGACGAGGUGUCCCUGCCGUGGGUGCACCUUGCCUAUCAGCACUUCAGGAGCCGGCUGCAGAACUUCUCUCGGAUCCUGGCUGUCUGUCCGCAAAUCCUAGAUAGCCUGACAGAAGCAGUGGAGAGCCGUCGCCUGCCCGAGUAUGAGAUGACGCUGGAUGCGCUUGCAGCCAUGGCCUGUGUUGAGCUGCUGACGAGGGACGCCCUACAGCCCACCCCCCAGGCCUGGCUGCAGACGGUGAAGGACCUGUCCACACCGCUGGAGUUGCUGUGUUCUGAGGUGCACAUGCAAGGCAGCGGGAACGUGACCACAGCGCUCGUCAGGGAGCUCAGGACCCAGUGGAACCGCAUUUUUUCCAUUUCCCUCUUCGUGGAGCACGUGCUCCUGGGGACCCAGAGUCAGAUCCCGGAGCUGCACUCGCUGGUGAUGGACUGCACUGCCUCCCUCAACAAGUGUCUACAAGAGAACUCUGACAUCAAGACCUACAGGCCUUUUGCAGCUGUAAUGACUACUCUCUGUGAAUGUAAGGAGCGGGCCAGCAAGACCUUAACCAGGGUUGGAGUCCAGCCAUGCCCUAAAUGCCUAGGAGAUGCACAGGAUCCUGUAUGCCUGCCGUGUGACCACAUCUACUGCCACGAAUGCAUAAGAACCUGCCUCAUCCCAGAGCAGAUGAGAUGCCCCUUGUGUUCUUUUGACUUGCCAGACAAUUUCCCUCUGACUGUUUCACAAGAGCAGAGGGAUGCCGUCGAGAAGCACUCCCGGUUCCGGCACAUGUGCAACAGUUUCUUCGUAGAUGUGGUUUCCACCAUGUGCUUCAAGGACAACACUCCACCUCAGAGGGACGUCAUCGAGGCCCUGCUGUCUCUACUCUUUGUUCAAAAGGAGCUCUUGCGAGAGGCCCCCCAGAGACAUUGUGAGCACACAAAAUCUCUGUCCCCGUUUGAUGACGUGGUGGAUAAGACUCCUGUCAUCCGCUCAGUGGUACUGAAACUGCUGUUGAAGUACAGCUUCCGUGAAGUAAAAGAUUACCUUCAGGAUUACUUGUCCUCACUAGAAAAGAUCGUUUUCAUCGGUGAGGAUAAGACAGAGCUCUACACACUCUUUAUCAACUGCCUAGAGGAUUCAAUACAUGAGAAAACUGCUGCUUUCUCUGAAAAUGAGGAACUGAACUACCUACAAGAGGAAGGCCAUUUCCUGAGGACUUGCUUCCCAUCAAGACAUGGCCCAGAGCCUGCUAAGGAGGCUUCCAUUGAAUACCUGCAGGAGAUGGCUCGGGUGCGCCUCUGUCUGGACAGGGCUUCUGACUUCCUCUUUGAACUUCACACUGGCUCAGAGAUGGCUGAAGAAAAGCAGCAUUAUCUGCAGCACGUUGAGCACUUCUGUUCCCGAGCCAAGAACGACGCGGACUCUCCAGGCCAGCUGGACCGAUUCCUUGUGUACGGCGAUGGAUACAAGACUCUUCGUGAUGCGGUGGGCAGAGCCAUCCUGGAGUGCAAUCCCAAGGGCAUGGCAGCUGCUCUGGAGACCUGUAGGGAACCAGAAAUUCAACAUGAAGUCUACUUACUGCUGGCACUUUUCCAGGAAGUAACUGUUUUGUACAGAUCCCAUAAUGCAAGCCUACACCCUAAGCCUGAGCAAUGUGAAGCUGUGAACAGAUUCAUAGAAGACACCAAGCCCUUUUCUCCUGAAGUUGGAUGUUUUGCAACAGCCCUGGUGGCCAACACUCUGCCUCUGCUGACCACAGACAGCCAUGAAGGGGGCCCUGAAGCAGCAGUAGCAGAGAUGGCUGUCCAUGCUGCAGCCAUCCUUCUCUGUGUGCAGAACAAAGUCUUGGAACCGCUGAGGAACUUGGCCUUCUUCCCAGCCCACAUGGCGAAUGCUUUUCUUCCAACUAUGCCUGAUGAUUUGCUGGCUCAAGCUAGGAAUUGGGGAGGUCUGACAGGAGUUCGCUGGUAUACGUGUUCCCAAGGACAUCCGUGUGCUGUAGGGGAGUGCGGCAUGCCGAUGCAGCAGAGCUAUUGCAUUGACUGUGGUCUUCCAGUUGGAGGUGUUAAUCACAGACCCCAUGAAGGCUUUCAUGUUAUCACUGGUGUGGAGCUGACUGCUUCUCUAAGAACAACCCCUGUUGUUUCAGGUGAGAUCAAGCUCCCGAACGACUACUGCAGCACUGACUUAGACCUGGACACUCCCUUUGAGGUCAUCCUGCCACGUCGCCGGGGACGGGGCCUCUGUUCCACUGCCUUAGUCAGCUACUUGAUCAGGCUUCACAAUGAAAUGGCCUACACGGUGGAAAAAUUCUCCAAGGACAAUGACAGCUACUCCAUCGAUGCCUCUGAGGUCACCGAGCUGCAUGUCAUCAGUUAUGAAACAGAACGGGACUUGGUGCCCCUGAUCCUCUCCAACUGCCAGUACAGAGUGGAACAAGGUGGAGAAGCCCUGCAAGAGUUUGACCUGGAGAAGAUCCAGCGGCAGGUCAUGAGCCGAUUUCUCCAGGGCAAGCCCAGGCUUACCCUGAAGGGACUACCCACUCUGAUUUAUAGACAGGACUGGAACUAUGGACAUCUCUUCAUGGAAAUCAAGAAUAAGAUAUCACAGAGCACUCUCCCCUACUCGGUCCUCAGCGCCCUCCGUGGACAGCUGCAGUCCUUCAGCGACGCCUGUGAAGCUCUGUCGGUCACAGAAGUCACCUUGGGCUUUCUGAGCACAGCGGGUGGUGACCCCAACAUGCCCUUGAAGGAGUAUAUCCAGGACGUCCUGCGAAUGCGUGAUCAGACAAGCCCUGCUUUACAGGCCUUAAGCGGUUGUCGGUUAAAGCACGUCACUGCCCUGUGGUGGUUCCUCUCUGCGCACAAGUGCGAACAGCUCCUGCGACAGGGAAAAGAUCCCUUUAAGGACAUCAGUUCCCAGUACAAAGUGCCUCUCAGGCCGGAAGCUGAAAAACUCCUCAGCACCUUCCUGCAUCACACUGACCUCGAGGCCUUCUUGCUGGAGCUUCAUGAAAUGAUGAUCCUGAAACUCAAGAGCCCUCGCGCGGAGGAGGACUUCAACCCUGCGUGGAGCCUCAAAGAUGCUUUUUACGAAAUGGAAUCUCAAUGCCCUGAAGACAUCCUGCUCUCCAGUUGCGUCUCUGUGUGGAACAUGGCCGCUAAGCUGAAACAGGACAGGGACAGAGGAUGGGAGGAGCUCCUCAACUCUGCCUCUCAGCUUCACACAAUGUAAUGGCCUUCCAUGCCUGAGAUCGAGCACAGACCCAGCCACCAAGUUUUUUUAUAAGACUAGUAUUAAAAAAAAAAAAAAAAAAAGACUACUAUAUAGUUAAGAGGGAUUAAGUUUUAGCUUUUUUUUCCCGUCUCCUAAUUUACUUCUCAGUCACAGAAGAAGACAUUCUGGCUUUCUUCUUUUUCCUCAAUUACAAAUAUUCUACAAAAGCAAGAAAAUGGGGAGUGUUUUGUCAGUGCUAUAAACCAAACCAACAAAAAAAUCUGACCCAGACCCCUCAAGGAAGUUGUGGUCUAAUUUCAGAGGUUAGAAUCUUGCUGCUUUUAUGUGAGGAUCAUUACAGGGACACCGUAUGGGCCUGAGUCUCCUCGUGCAUAAAAUGAAAGUUCCUCCCAACUCUAAAAUUUCAACUUUCUAAAUAAAUCAAAGCCAACUCAAGUAACUUGGGUCAAAGGUA